ACUUGUGUACAUUUUGUAUGCAUCGGCCGCGCGCACGAUCGAGACUAGCUGUACUAGUGUGCAAGUGAAAAAGACUGCUAUGGAACUCAAACCACCGUAUAAAAUAAUGCCGGAUGCUUAGGACUUGGAUAACUUGUGCAUAUUUCUAGACUUUCUAAUUCAUCUUAGGAUUACGGAUUUACCAUGGGAUGUGGCAAUAGUACUGAUGGGAAGGGCGAAGAUGGAGAAAAAGGAUUUUUCCAUCGCAGACCGAAAGUCAGCAUUCGAGUUGGGAAUUCUGUCAAGUUGUCCACUGACGAAACCACAAUUGUUUUUAUAUUCGGUGGACCAGGAUCUCGUAAGGGACGCAUUGUGGAUGACAUGCUCCACAUGUAUGGAUUCAAAGUGAUCAACGUUGAGGAUAUACUACUCAGAGAACUACCCAACAAAGCAAACAUCUCAGCAGCAGGGAGCAUUAGAGAGACCAUGUCUAUUGUAUCGGUAAGUAACACGCAUUCGAAAGAAGGGGGGAAAGGUAGAUGAGAGAGGGAUACA